GUCAUUCAUAUUUUGGUAAGGCACCAGGAAGUGUAGAAGAAAGGCGAUAGCCGAAACCGCGAAUAUUUUAUUACUAAGAUAAACGUUUUCUACGGUAUUUUUUAGUCGUCGUUCCGUAAGGACCCACGAAAAGUAGCCAAGAUGCCGUCUAUGGAACAACACCUCUUCAAUUUAAAGUUUACGGCCAAAGAACUAGAAAGAAAUGCCAAGAAAUGUGACAAAGAAGAGAAAGCAGAGAAGGCUAAAGUCAAGAAGGCUAUCCAGAAGGGUAAUAUGGAAGUGGCAAAGAUCCAUGCUGAAAAUGCCAUUAGACAGAAGAACCAAUCCCUUAACUUUCUGAGGUUGAGCGCUCGGGUUGACGCAGUGGCAGCGAGGGUCCAAACUGCACUUACAAUGAACAAUGUCACCAAAUCUAUGAAAGGAGUGGUGAAAGGGAUGGAUGUCACUCUGAAGUCUAUGAAUCUGGAGAAGAUUUCAAGUCUCAUGGACAAAUUUGAACACCAGUUUGAAACUCUGGAUGUGCAGACAGCGCAAAUGGAGGACACCAUGAGCAAUACCACAACACUCACAACACCGCAGAAUCAAGUGGAUUCCCUGAUGCGUGAAAUGGCUGAUGAAGCAGGGUUGGACUUGAACAUGGAGCUCCCUCAGGGAGAAACAGGAUCACUGGCCACCAGCGUGGCUUCUGCAGAACAGGAUGAUCUGUCUCAAAGGCUGGCCAGACUCAGAGACCAGGUGUGAAGUUUGCCGGGGGUGUACUGGCACCACAAUGCAGAGUUCUGCACACUACCUGAAUAUUACUCCCAAACACCUCUCAUAUGCAUCAUGUCUUUUCUUUACGUCUAGGAGCUACUGAAUCAUUUUUUCCCCGAAGAUAAUUGCUUGUGUUGGUUUUGUUUAUAAUAAUCUCACAGUGCUUAACAGGAAUGUUGCUCAUGGAUAUGAAUGCAUUUCUUAAAUAUUUCCCAGUGAACAGACGGGCAUAACUGUAGCUAAAUAUAUGUACUCUACAAAAAUUGAUUAAAGAUGGAGUGAGGUGGUUAUACUGUAUUUAUUUGUGGUUAAUGAUCAUGGCUCAAAAAGUGAGAUUUGUUUUUACUGAUGCAGGCACUGUGUGUUUUCUCUUGUGUUUGACAAGACUUUAUCCCUUACUGGUGUAAUAUGUUGAAUUUUUAUUUCUGACACAUACUGGGCGGCUAGCGUGUAGCUGUUGGCAGGUCAUCUUCAGUGUUUUCACUGAUCGGUAAGGGGUUCUAGUUUGUAAAUUGCAAACAAUUAAAAUUUUUUUAAAAUA